AUGAAGCUCUACAAUGAUUUGACUCAAUCUCAGAAGAAAAGAAUACGGGCGAUAUGUUUUGGUGGUCUCCUGAAGAUUGCUUCUAAAACCCUUCUUGCAGGUUUUGCAGACUGGUUGAUGGCUGAGUGCUAUGAUGCUGAUUCAUCGAAGCUGGUGUUUCCUGGUAGGGGAAGGAUUUCAGUCAAUGCUGAUUCAGUGUGUCGUGCUUUUGGUCUUCCAAACAAUGGUGAUGAAGUUAAGUAUGAGCUUGAUGUUGGUGCGAUCAACUUCAUCAAUGGUGAGUAUGGUAUUGAUGAAGGGACAACACCUACUAUUGAGACUAUAUUGGAAAGGUUGAAGGAGAAUAAGACAAGCAAUGAUGAUUUCCUAAGGUCCUGGCUGAUGAUAGCAAUUUCAACAUUCCUGUGUCCUCCAAGUGGCUUAGUUAUUAGCCCAAGGUGCUAUCCAGUCAUUGUGGAUCUUUCUUGCAUCAAGAAGUUGAAUUGGUGCCAGUUUGUUGUUGACUAG